AUGAGGCGCUUCAUCUCGACUAGGACUUCUAUAGACAUGAAUGGUAAUGAGAUGAACAAUCUGGUUCUAAUCCACAGCAACAUAGUUAUCUAUGAUGGCUUUCUCGUUAGGAUUGUUAUAAUUGGAAUGAUGAUGCAAUCGAACAUUGAGAUGAAAACAACUAUUGUGAUGCGGAUAAAGGCUAUUAAAGAAGCAUGUGCUACUUUUAAGCUAGAACUGAUGUAUCUGUUCAUUGGACCUUCGUGCUUCGUGAUAAAAGUUGAUGAUUAUGAGUAUACAAUUUUAUAA